UAAAUUUUUCUGGUUCAAGUAUAAAUUGUGAGAAUCAAUUGUUUAUCCAGUUUCUUUCACUUUUACUGCCACUUGAAUUGGUUAACUUGGUCAUCCUUUGAUUCACAAUUAAACUAAUAUAUAAUAUUAACAUUGUCAGUUGAUUACAAUUAAUUAUCUUGAAAGAAAUAGUCAUUUUAAAUUUGUUUUUGCUUUUGCUUUAUUUUUGUCACUUUAAACAAUUCUUAAAGAAAAGGACUGAAAAAUUUUCUGGUUCAAGUCUUGAGUCCCUUUUAACCUUUUCUGGUCUUGUUUACAUGUUUACUCGUUAAUUUAAUCCAAUUGAGUUGAUUAAAAAUGAGAAUUAAUUUAAUUUCGUUGUGUGAUUACACACAGUUGAGUAUUUUAUUAGUAAUACUGGCAAAUGUUACUCCAAGUUCAACAUCUUCACCUUCAUCGCCCUCCUUUCACCAUCGAGAAAUGUCACCUCCAUCUUCAUCAUUACCUUCACCUUCACCAGUUUUAGAUGAAACAAUUGAAUCAACCAUUUUAGAAUCAUCAAUGAAUCGAAAAGUUCGAGAUGAAAUCAGAAUUGAUUCAAAUAUAAAUCAAGCUUUGUACAAUCGCCAACAAAUCAACCAAAGCAAGACUGAAAAUAUUGGUAAAAUUAAAUUUCUCAUGGAAGUUGGUAAAUUGAAGCAAAUUGAACGAACUGGUUGGGUUUUGAAUAAGAUUCAUUCACCUGAACGAAUUGCUGGUCACAUGUACAGAAUGGCGAUAAUACCUUUACUGGUUUUGUCGGAAGACAACAACAACUCAACCAAAGUGGACCUGAACAAGGUAAUGCAACUGUCUCUGGUCCAUGAUAUUGCUGAAUGUAUUGUUGGUGAUUUCACUCCAUAUGAUGAUAUUUCAGUUGAGGAGAAGCAUCGGCUUGAAGAAAAUGCUGUUCACUAUUUAAGUUCAUUGUUACCAUCAAAAGUAGCUAAAAAUUUUCUCACCUUGUAUUCCGAGUAUGAAGAUCAGUUGACUCCUGAGGCACAAUUGACUAAGGAAUUGGAUAGGUUUGAUAUGGUCCUUCAGGCAUUUGAAUAUGAAAAAAGGGAAUAUAAAAGGAAUGGUAUCUUACCUGGUUUGGGUGAAUUUUUUGACUUUGAAAGGAUUUUAUCUUAUAUUCGUAAUCAAGAGCUCAAAGAAAUGGUUGGUCAAUUGUUGCACAUGAGAUCUGAGUUUUUGGCCAACGCUUGUAUUCAGAGUUGCAACCAAGAUGGAAGUCCCCCGAAAGCAAAGCCAACAGCGACCAAGACGGACACUAAGAAAGAGGUUAGAAAAGAUAAACGGAAAAAUGUUAAAAAAAAUGAUGAAGAUCUUUGAGUCUAAUGUUGUUCAAUCGUACAACGAUUUAAGUUAUAUUUUAAAAUGUAUUGUCAAACUUGACUUCUAAUCUCUAAGUUUUUCUUAAUAUAACUUUAUAUUAAAAUAAUUAAGUUUUAACAAUUA